AUAAUAAUAUGCAGACUACUUAAUGGUAGGUAGGUAGGACUUUAUUGAUCCCACAAUGGGGAAAUUCCUGGGUUCCAGCACACUAGAGAUGCUGCUUGGUAUGCAUUUAUAUUUGAAGAAUACUGUAGAUAUCUGGUCUUCCCAACACACAUAAAUCCAAGACCGGGUUUGGGUUUGUAUUUGUCUGGCGUUAGGACCUGACGCCGUCUGAAGCGCACAUGGCAAAGUGUGGCAGCUCCGGUUCGAGAGGGGAUGGCAAGUCCGCUUCAUUACUCUCCAGCAUCCUCCCAUUUUGGCUUUUCUGUCCCUCCUUUGCCAUCCUCCGGCCACAGGAGAAACACCUCUACACAAAAACAGUUAGUUAACACAUGUAUCUGUGCGUCUCUCCCCGAGGCGUCCACCACGCGUCUGGUGUAGUGAAGAAAAGUUUCUGACAGCUUGUCGCAUCUUAGUGGUGGAGCCUUUUUGUCCUCCCGCACUGCUGUGGACUGCUUUGACCUGUAUCGCCAUCCUGGCACCUGGUCUGGUCGCGCUGCAUCAAUAACGCAGCCUGGCGCUUUCACCCCGUUUCACCCACCGAGCCCGGACAUCAUGAGAGCCUGGAGACGACGGAGGAACUUUGCCUUUCUGAUCGUCGCUCUCCGCUUCUGGUGCCUUUCCACGGCAGCAGAAAAUGCUGACAGCACGAUUUACAACACAGAGGAGGGAAGUAGUCCAGACAAGUCUAAACAGCGAGGGGAAGGAAUUAAAUCAGAACGUCAUGGGACCACCGUACCUCUGCUGCUGAAGGGCGAGGAGCCGAGACCUCUCAGCGAGCUCACGGCAUGGAAUUAUCCUGCGUCACUCCAGCUGCUGUUGCGUGCGGAAGGUGAACAGCUGAUCCUGCUGCUAGAGAAAAAUGAGGGUCUUUUUGCAAGUCAUUACACAGAGACUCAUUACCGGGAGGAUGGAAGUGCAGUCAUCGGUGCUCACAACUUCACGAAUAACUGCUAUUACCAUGGGGAAGUGCAGGCACAUCCAAACUCCGAUGUCACCCUCAGCGCCUGCUCAGGGCUUCGAGGUUUCAUCGUGCUUGAAAACAAGACGUUCAUCAUUGAGCCGGUGUCUGGCCAUGACACCGGUGCCCACUUCAUCUACAGAGUGGAAGAACUCAGACUGACUCCAGGAGCCUGUGGCCACGGUUUCAACAUGUCCUCUGUUGCUCCUGAAGACCACAUUAAAAGCCCCUUCCAUUCCUUCCACUCAAGGCAUAAAAGGCAUGCUCAGAAGACCACCAAAUACGUUGAGCUGAUCAUAGUGGCAGACAACAGAGAGUUUCAGAAACAUGGGAAGGACUUGGAGAAGGUGAAACAGAGACUGGCAGAGAUAGCCAAUUAUGUGGACAAGUUCUACAGAGCCCUGAACAUCCGAGUGGCCUUGGUGGGUCUGGAGGUGUGGAGUGACUCAGAUAAAUGUCCCAUCACCCAGGAUCCUUUCAACACACUGCACGAGUUCCUAGAUUGGAGGAAAGUCAAACUGCUGCCCCAGAAACCUCACGACAAUGCUCAACUCAUAAGUGGGGUGUAUUUCCAGGGCACCACCAUUGGCAUGGCACCCAUUAUGAGUAUGUGCACAGCUGAGCAGUCUGGAGGCAUUGUCAUGGACCACUCUGAAAACCCACUGGGUCCAGCCGUGACUUUGGCACAUGAGCUCGGGCACAAUUUUGGCAUGAACCACGACACUCCAGAACGUGGCUGUGGCUGCCGGAUGACUGUUGAUCGUGGAGGCUGCAUCAUGACCCCCUCCACUGGGUAUCCAUUCCCAACAGUGUUCAGUACAUGCAGUAAGAAGGACCUUGCUGCCAGUCUGGAGAAAGGUGUGGGCAUGUGUUUGUACAACAUGCCUGAGGUCAAGGUGCUCUAUGGUGGACAGAAGUGUGGCAAUGGCUAUGUGGAGGAGGGAGAGGAGUGUGACUGCGGGGAGCCAGAGGAAUGUGUGAACCCAUGCUGCAAUGCUACCACGUGCACCCUCAAGGGAGAUGUUGUGUGUGCUCAUGGACAGUGCUGUGAAGACUGCAGGCUGAAACUGGCUGGCACCUUGUGUCGAGAAUCGAGUAACUCCUGCGACCUGCCAGAGUUCUGUACUGGUGCCAGCCCUCACUGCCCAGCCAACGUUUAUCUGCACGAUGGACAUGCCUGCCACAAUGUCGAAGGCUACUGCUACAAUGGUAUCUGCCAGACACAUGAGCAACAAUGCAUCACCCUGUGGGGAACAGGAGCCAAGCCUGCCCCUGGGAUCUGCUUCGAGAGAGUCAACUCUGCAGGGGAUCCUUAUGGGAAUUGUGGGAAGGACUCCAAAGGCUCCUUUGCCAAAUGCGAUGCAAGGGACGCAAAGUGUGGUAAAAUUCAGUGUCAGGGAGGAGCCAACCGGCCAGUGAUCGGGACAAAUGCUGUGUCCAUUGAAACCAACAUCCCGCUACAAGAAGGAGGGCGUAUUCUGUGUCGAGGAACACAUGUUUACCUGGGUGAUGACAUGCCAGACCCUGGACUGGUUCUGGCUGGUACAAAGUGUGGAGAUGGCAUGGUGUGUCUGAAUCGCCAGUGCCAGAAUGUUAGUGUCUUUGGUGUGCAUGAGUGCUCUGGGAAGUGCAAUGGACGUGGGGUGUGCAACAACAAGAAGAACUGCCACUGUGAAGCGCAUUGGGCCCCUCCGUUCUGUGAGAAAGCUGGCUUUGGUGGGAGCAUCGACAGUGGGCCAAUCAGACUGGCAGAUGUGCGCGUGUGUGUAUUAAUGUGCGUGUUGUCAUAUAUGGCAUCAGCCGACAGCAUGGUCAUUACUGUGGCAACAAUGGUUACCCUGCUUGGCCUUCUGGUAGCCUCUAUAAUCAUCUUUUUGAAGAGGAAGACUCUGGUGCGCCUCCUCUUCACCAACAAGAAAAGCACCUUGGAGAAACUCAGAUCUGUGGAGGCCAACAGGCGACCCAGCCCCAUCAAGACUCAGUCCACCUACAGGCCCACACCUCAACGCAAACCUCCACCCAGCCCCUCUGGAGCAGGCAUUUAUAAGCCAUCUUUCCUGAGUGCGGAGCCUCUUCUCCCUCCGCACAACUUCCACUCUCACAGCCUGUGCAAACUGCCCCUCUACCAGCCCCUGCACAUCAGCCAGCCCAUACCAGUGUCGCUGAAUGUGGGCCAGCCCAUCCUGCCUCUUCUCCCAGCCCACCACAGGGUCCUGCCCGCCCACACGUCUCUCUCACCACCUCGGGCGCCACCUUUUCUCAGUCUGCCUCUCGAGCAGUCAUCGUACAGAGUAGACCAGGACUUUCAGAAGCCCAGUCCACCCCAGAGACCUCUACCUGCAGACCCACUAGGGAGGAGCUCUCGGCUGGGUCAUAGUACCACAGCAGCAGGGGUCCACAUCCUUGGAACUGGACCCAUCCCCAUACCUAUCCCCACUGUGCCCAGACCUCCACCCACCAUCCCUUUGCCCAGCAGACCUGUGCCGGUGUUGCCCUACAGACCACCAAAGGCUCAUAAGGACUGCUGAGCUCUUUGACAUCAUGAACGAGUAGAUCUUUUACCAACAGAUGGAGACUUUCUUGAUUUGCACUAAUUGCCGAGACUGUAAGAGCUUUCGAACAGUUAAAAGUGUCACAGAGCUUCUAAUGAAAGGGGCCUAACAUCAGAACUCUGUGCUAUGCCUCUAAAAGGUGCUUUGUUGUUGUCGCUCAGGUACCAAUGAACUAUUUAUCUAUUUAACUAUUUAACUUUGAUUUGACCAGUUUGUGCACAGAACACUCUGACCAAGAGUGAUUUUCCCCAUGGACAAGUUUAGAAGUUUGUCAUAUGCAUUCUUUGUUGAUUUUUAUAUACAUUUUUUUUCCUCAAAUGAAAUGCUGAAAUGUUUUUUAAAACCACUGAAGUUGCUUGAAUGAAGCACAACUCGGCAAAUACAUGUUUUAUGCUGUCAUGGUGCUGAAAAAUUGAUAUUCAUCAAAUCAUUUUUCUUAAAUAAAAUGACAACAGCUUUAGGCUAGGCUCCAUGAUCCAUAUUGAAAUAGUUGAACUCGUAUUAAAGCCCCAGACUGUGGCAUUAUCCGAUCAGCUCAUUUUACAGUCUCACAGUCAGGCUUCUUUAUUCCCUUAUAAGUUCACUUUUGCAGUGAAGUACAAACAGGAAGGUACUUUUCACACAUUUUAGACUGACACACUGCUCGGGGCAUGUGUUGGAUGCCCCACGUGUUCUCUGGAUGUUGGCAUACGCUGCAGAGGCCCAGAUUUGACAGAUUGUGUUCCAGAGAAUUACAGCAACACCAAAUACUCCCACAUUAACUCUGGUGUUUGUAUGUUUAACAGUAACGUUCACUUUGUCCUCAAUUGUGCGAGCCAGGGAGAAUGACUUCAGUGCUGCAAGCUUUCCAAGUCCUUCCUCAGCUGUGUCCAACAUGAUGUUUUCCCAUAUCUGUCCUGUGUUUUUUUUUUGUUUUGUUUUGGGUUUUUUUGCCUUGAUAAUAUUCCAUUUGGAUUCUAUUCAUGCAUUCAUGGCAUCAUUUAUUGGAAUCAGAGCUUGGCGUUGUACUUUGAGUUAAGCGCUUUCCUUGAUGUUAUUUGUUGUCAAAUUGCUGUUAAACAAGGGGGGAAUUCAACUGUUAAAUAGUUUAUAGCACAGUUUUUUUUUCCUGUGUCAGUGUUCACUUUGGAUCAUGCGUUUUGUAUUUGCAGUGUAUCUAAAUGCAGUGCUUUUCUUUUUAUCAGUGCAGAAUGAUUGAGGUCAAUGAAGCCCUGCAUACUGCACCUGUGUACAUUAAGUGUGCGGAAGUUGACAGAGUAACUGCUCCCUGGUGGAAAUAAUUUGUUAUUGCCGUGUGGAUUAGUCGUUAGUCGUUAUGUUUAUGCCAUCUGUAAAUCCUAAAUGUACCAUGUUUAUUUGCAUAACUGUAACAAAAGCCAUUGUAAAGUGUAAAUAUUGUAUGUCAAUUAUAAUUUCUCUUCAGUUUUUUUUUUUUUGUUUGUUUCUUUUUACAAGAACUGUAAUAUAAGAACUGCUUUGAGACCACGGCCCUUUUUACAUUGGAUGGUGAAAACAUGAAUUGGAAAUGUUCACUCUUAAGCUUUAGGCCAGAAACAAAUGUUUCAGGACAUCAUUUAAACUGAGAGAUUUUACUGGUGAAGU